AUGAAAAUUAGGUUACCGGUUCUUGUCAAAGAGGAACCGAAGUUAGUAUACCACAACGAGAUACGAUAUGUUCUCAAGGUCCUUAAUCGUCCUUUAUACCAAGCCCGCGACACCGAUGUCUUUCUAAAAGAGCUGGAAAAUAUCAAGUACUUCGCAGGCGUGUCUAAUAUUGUGCAGGCGGCGGGUGUUGCCGUAUCUACAAACCAUUAUAUGACUUCGAGUAGGAGUGAUGGACCAUUAGUUGUGACUGGGAUUCUACUCGAGGCAUAUUCUGGAGGGUCAUUACGGCAGAUUCUUCUAGAGAACCGUGUUACACAGUAUCCCUGGAAGCAAUGGCCUGUCCAAAUCGGAACCGCUCUAAAUCGCUUUCACAAGGCAAAGAAAACUCAUAUGGACAUAAAGUCUUUGAAUGUGGUCAUUGACAGCGAAGGAAACGCAGUGAUUAUCGACAUCAGCGGCAUUGGUGGGACAACUCGCUCAUGGUGUUCGCCAGAGAUUAAAAAUGAAUCAUCUCCCUUUGAUCUUCCGUUUGAACAACGCCGGCUUAAUGAUGUUUGGGCGUAUGGUAAACUAUUAUCCAAGAUCGGGUUGCACACAGGGGACGACCCAUUUGCAACUACGUUGAAGCAGGUUGCAGAUUGUUUAAUGAACGAUUAUUGCCAAACACGCAUGAGUCUAACAAGGGCUAUAUCUCGGCUCGAGUAUAUAGAAGUUCAAGACAGAUUGAUCCUGCCGGCGACAUAUCCUUUUGACUGA